AUGGACCGACCCGUGUUGUUUCAGCUCUGCUUUGCUUUCUGGGUUGGGAUAGAGCGGACCGGAGCGUUGCAGUCCAGCUCACCGUGGGGCGCGAACACGAGCAUGAUGAGGAGAGAUCGGUCAGUUAACGGCUCGGUGGUCCUCCACGACUACAUGGUGUUUUUAUACCAAACGCUGUCCAAACCUCAAAGCAGAGACUUUGAUGUUUCAGACGGAGCAGGAGCUGCUAACACAGUUACAAGUUUUGUGGACCAAGGACAAGCGAGAGGAGGCGGGAGGAGCCGCUGCAGCCGGAAACCGCUGCACGUGAACUUCAGAGACCUGGGCUGGGACGACUGGAUCAUCGCCCCUUUGGACUAUGAGGCGCGCCGCUGCGACGGCGUGUGCGACUUCCCGCUGCGCGCCCACCUGGAGCCCACCAACCACGCUGUGAUCCAGACCCUGAUGAACUCCAUGGACCCUGAUCUCAGCCCACCCAGCUGCUGCGUCCCCUCCAGUCUCAGCCCCAUCAGCAUCCUCUACAUGGACUCAGCCGGCAGCGUGGUCUACAAGCAGUACGAGAACAUGGUGGUGGAGAGCUGUGGGUGCCGGUAG